AUGGCCCUCCUGGCCCGUACGAUGCCUCCGUUUCGCAUUCCUUCAACCAAAGUAGAGCAUAACUUGGGUGUACACGGUGCACCGUGGCGCGCAGAGGAGGGGGUGGAUGUGAACGAGAGGGACGCCACCACGGGUGGGUGGCCGCUGCUGGUCGCAGCCCAACGCCAGGACUUGGCCAUCGCGCAACUGCUGGUCGACCACGGCGCCCGCUGCUGCGCCCACGCAACGACGACAACUACGACAGAGCUGCACGCGUUGGCCGAGGCCGAGAAGGGACCCUUCCCUCGCCAGGCGGGGACGACAGCGGCACGGCUGAUCGGCGGCAUCAGGGCGUGGCUCGCGCCCUCGGCGUCGGUCAAGCUCUGGCAACUGCUCCUCGAGAACGGCGCCAGCGCCACUGAGCCUGCAUUAGACGGUAGUGGCGCCACGCCGCUUCACGUGGCCUGUGCGAACGGCAACUGGCCCGUUGUGCAGUUUCUCCUACGAGGGAAGUAUGUGGACGACUAUGGCAAGAACAAGCGCGAUGCCCAUCGCCGAGAGACGCCGCUCCACUACGCCGCCCGACACGGGCACGAGAUUGUGGUGUCGCUCCUCCUCUCACACGGGGCGAACUCGCUGGCCGUGGGCGCGCACGGCGACGCAUCGGAGGUGGCGAGGCAGGCCGGACAUGGCGCAAUGGCGGACAUGCUUCAGGUACACGCCUACCGGACGUGCCCACUGUUGUGCCUGCCCGAUGAAGUGUUGCUCCGUGUGCUCGAGGCUUUGGAUCCCUAUGACCUGUGUACUGUCGCACAAGUUUGCUCCGUGCUCAACGAGCUGAGCAGUGUCAACUGCCUCUGGCGCCGGUUCUGUGACGCCCGGUGGGUCGACGCCAAAGACAUACCUUGGAAGAGCAGGUAUUUGGCGUGGCUCAAGCCUCGGCUCCGUCGGCGCCUCGCCCGCCGCAGGCAACAAGAACAAGAACAACAAGAUCACGAGGAAGGAAAAUGGUCGCUGGCCGAUCGUAAAUCAUCAUCGUCAUCGGCGCUGCCAACCUUAAAGUUCAUACUACUCGGUGACACGGGUGUGGGCAAGACCGCGCUCGAACGGCGCUUUGUCAAGGGGACCUUCGCAACCGGUGAGUACUCGUGCGGGUACUACCUGGGGUUCAAGAAGCUCGACCUCGACGGACUGCGCGAGCGCUACAACUCAUUUCCGCGUGUAUACUACCGCGCGGCGCGGGUAGCGCUGGUGGUCUACGACAUUGCCGACCGCGCCUCGUUCGACCACGUCGGACGCUGGGUGAAUUCCGUUCUGGCCAACACCACCGGGGCCGGCAACGAUGAACCGCUGGUCAUGACACUCGUUGGGGCGAAGAGUGACAAGGAAGCUCACAGGCAGGUGAGCGCGGCCGAAGGUCAGGCACUGGCUCUCGAGCUCGGUAUGGCCUGGGCCGAGGUGAGCAACCUCACCGGCAGCGGAGUGAACGAGGUGUUUGAGAACUCGGCCCUGUCCGCCAUGGCUGAUGAACUGGCGCCACCGAUUGCUGCUGGCGGUUUUGUGUGCCACCUCCCAGAGGCGAUUGUGCGACUGCCGGGCAGCCUGGGCCGUAGGCGUAUCGACGCCGUCCACGCCAUAGGCGUAUCAACGCUCAACCCUCUGUCGUACGACGAGUUCAGGAAGGCCUACACCCAGCCGAGCCACCUACGCCAAGAGGAUUGCCACGAGCACUACAGCAGCGACUUCAGCGUACGAUGA